AUGGUGCUCUCGCUGUCUGUUCCCGGCUUCUCCAGAACUUCAUCCUCCAACUCCGCCACUCCCCCGCGCCCCGCCGGCAACGCGCCCGAACUACAGCCGCAACAGCAAACACAACCAGAACCAAUACCAAUACCACAGUCGCAACCCCGACGCCGUGCUUCUGCAACCGGCUCCUCCUCCAGCUCCUCCUCCACAAAACGCAGCUCCUGGAAACCUUCUAUCCUAUCAGGUUCCUCGUCGACAUCGCCAAGCAACCCUUCAAUCACUCUCGAAGCAUUAAGAAAUAACCCAUUUGGGAACACGUCACGCUCUCGCUCAAUUCAGGUAUCCGCCGAGGAAAUAGAGGAGCAACAAAGAGAGCAGGACGAGCUAAAUGCUGCACUCGAACAUCUUGCCCGGAUAUUCCCCGAUGUAAGAAUCGAGGUCUUCCGCGAGUUGUUGGUACGGUUCGAUGGCCAGAGCCGACUACAAGUCUCCGUGGAACAAUUACUCCGGCAUAAGAAAGAAUGGGUAUCAGGUCGUUGGAAUCUCCCCGAUGGAAAUCGAGAUGGAGAUGGAGAAGACGGGGAUAAGAAAGACGAUCGAGCUACCGUAUUGACAGACAACGCUGCGAGAGCGGAGACUCUAGUCCCGGCCGAGGAACGCUUUCGAUCUGAAGGAUACAAACUUGCAGUGCGCAACGCUCUAGGGAAGGAGUUCAGUAGCCUUAGCAAGAGUACAAUCGACGCUGUGCUGGCUGAGGUGAACUACAGUUACGUGCGGGCACGACCAACACUACGGGAUCUCGCGAGGCGGACCUGGCGAGCUACUUUCAAUAGCAUUUUCCCUUCCUUCAAGCGCAAGAAAGAUAAAGACGAGCAUCCGCUUCUUUCAUGGCAACGGCGUUCAGAUGGGGAGCUGACACCCCGGUUGAAAGAAACUGGAAGUAUCGAGCUUGACGGCGAGUUGUAUGCGUUACUCGUGGCUCCCGUGCUUCGGAAAAGGCGGGAAGAGCAGGAGCUGAGCGAUUUCCGAUUCGCCUCUGAUGUCAAUGAAAAGGAAGCCCAGGCCGCAGAUGCGCUAUACGAAUGCGAAUGCUGCUUCGCCGACGUGACCUGGGAACAGGUCUCGACUUGUUCGACUGACGCCCAUAUAAUCUGCUAUCAUUGCAUCCAGCGAACAAUAUCUGAAGCCCUCUUUGGUCAGGGUUGGGGCAAAUCUGUCGAUUUGGAACACGCCACUUUGAAAUGCAUCGCGCCCUUGUCUUCCGGUUCCUGCGAUGGAUGCCUUCGGCCCCAAAUCGUUCGCCAGGCCGUGCUGCUGGACACCGCUGGCCUGGAGACGUACCGCAAGUUCGAGGAUCGGCUGGCGUCUGAGGCUGUUUUAAAAUCGCAACUGAAGCUCAUCAGGUGCCCAUUCUGUUCUUACGCUGAAGCUGAUCCGGUGUAUCACCCAUCCUCGCGUGGUAUCGGCUGGCGCUUUCGCCGAGACGGAGGUAUUAUCUCCAGCAUUCUAAUGAUAUUUCUUAUUCUUGACCUUAUCCCUCUACUUAUACCCACUCUCCUAAUUCUUCUCCUCUUGGACCCGCCCUCCGCCAGGGCAAUUUUCAACAACGCAAUCCGACACCUCUGCCUCAAACUACGGCCCAAAAGAUUCACUUGUGCCAACCCCUCUUGCAUGAAAACCAGUUGCAUGGCCUGCCAAAAAUCAUGGCAAGACCCACACAUUUGCCACGAACCACUCCUGCUUGACCUCCGCGCAACAGUCGAAGCAGCCCGCACCGCCGCAGUAAAACGAACCUGCCCCCGCUGUGGCCUCUCCUUCGUCAAAUCAUCCGGCUGUAACAAACUCACCUGCGUAUGUGGGUAUUCCAUGUGCUAUCUCUGUCGCAAAGCCCUAGGCCCUCCUAUCCACCCGGCACGCCCCGCAGCACCGAUGAACCGUGCCGCACCCCGACAGCCUCAGGUCCGCCAAGACGCAGCCGACGGGCCCGCAGAAGAUGACGGCGGCGGGAACUCCGACGAAGACGAGUUCGAAGAGCCGGAAGGCUAUAAGCAUUUCUGCGAGCAUUUCCGUAUUAACCCCGGCUCCCGCUGCACGGAAUGUAGUAAAUGCGACCUCUAUCAGGCAGAAGAUGAGGAGGUGGUUGCUCGGAAUGCGGGCGAGAAAGCUGAACGCGAAUGGCUCUCUCGUCAGGGGGAGUCGGAGGCGGCUAAAGGUACUAACGCUAGUGCCUCCAUCUCUGCCAUGGGGCUCCGCAAUGUUAACCAGGACCUGUCUGCCGGCGCGGACGGAAGUACCGGUGGCGCGAAUCGAUCGUCGAAUAAUGCGCUCUGGGACCUAGGCCCAGGAAAACCGUGGAGUUAUUGGUUAAAGGAUGUGUGGGUGAAUGGGAGGUGGAAAUUAGAGUGUCAGGUUUUUGUGGAUUGGGUUGUUGAGCAGGUUGUUGUUAUUGACGAGUUAUGA